ACAGGUGGCGCUACAGAGAUUUCACUGGUGUUUUAUUUUGGAAAAACCCUCAUUACCCAACAUCCACCGCAAAGCUUUCCUUCCGGUUUGUGCGCCAUUAAAGAAAGCAGACAUGGCUAUCAGGUAUCCUAUGGCCGUGGGGCUUAGCAAAGGCCACCCCGUAACCAAGAAUGUGACCGCACCCAAACACGCCCGUAGACGAGGGCGUCUGACCAAGCACAGCAAGUUUGUGCGUGACAUGAUCCGUGAGGUGUGUGGCUUCGCCCCUUACGAGAGGCGCGCCAUGGAGUUGCUGAAGGUGUCCAAGGAUAAGCGUGCCCUCAAGUUCAUCAAGAAGAGGAUUGGCACUCACAUCCGCGCCAAGAGAAAGAGGGAGGAGCUCAGCAAUGUCCUGGCUGCCAUGAGGAAGGCUGCUGCCAAGAAGGAUUAAAGUUGUUCUUGCAAAUAAAUAUUUGUAUUUCAAAAAAAAAAAAAAAAAAAAGUAUACUCUUUCAUUGUUUGUCAUUUUAGAAUGACGGAAGUGGUACUGUACUUACUCUGCAGAGACCCAUUUAUACUUGAUCAGAAAUACACAUUGUAUUAGAAUAGGUCCUGCAGACCUCGAGUACAGCUCUACGUAAAUAUUCUGGAGAAUUGACUACACUGUCUGGUUAUAGUGUACUUUGCAGUAUGCCAUGAGCGGUCAUCUGCAUUUUUAGACAUGCCAAUGAUGGGCUAGCCAAUAGUCUUACCAGUAAGUAGCCUGUGUACUUGCUAUAGAAAUAGGCAAUAAAUGGCAAAGGUGUCAUCAAACUAUUGAUCAAGUGGGGGUAAAGUUAUAAUAUGCAAGUUUUAUCAGCAGUUACAUUAAACGCAAAAAUAGUCUAGGCUGCGUAGCAGCGACAUGACCCAUCUGAUUGGGGAAUUUGUACUGGGGAGGGGGGUUAAGGGAUUGAACAUCAGUAAUUAGAAAUGCAACUUAGAUAUCAAAUGUCCCUCUAAUACAUGAUAGAUAUGUUCUACAUCAUACAUUUCUAUCUAAAGUUCUGCUCUCAUGACACAGCUGUGUCAGACGUGGGGCUUUUAACAACCGGUGAGAAUGUACAACCAAAUAAAAAACAAUGCUGAUCAGAAAAAUCUGCUUUCAUAGUUCAGGAUGUCUGAUCUAACUCGUUGUUAUCCAUCUGGGUUGGGGUGAAUUCCAGUCAAUUCUUAAAGUAAAACAAAUUACAAUUCAACAUUGAAGAGAAUUGGAAUUUCAUUGUUCUUCCUGAAUCGUCCCCAACACUGGUAGCAGCUCAGGUGCCAGUUUCGUGAGUCAUAAUUCAGUGAUCAUUGUUGUGGAAAGACUAUGGGGUACAUCUUGCUGUAAUGAUCCACAAAGUGAACCUCCAGGCCCUCUGUGAUGAACUCUGGCAGGUCAGAGAAGUCCUUCUUGUUCUCUGCUGGUAAGAUCAUGCAGGUCACUCCUGCACGCUUUGCCUGGAGAUAAGGGAGGAAUGUUCAAUAUUCAUUGUCACUGGUACUAAAACUACACAAAUAUAAAACGUGACAUUUAAUUUGUUGGUCCGAUGUUUCACGAGCUGAAAUAAAAUAUCCCAGAAAUGUUCCAUAUCCAUAAAAA